AUGUCUACCGGCAGCAUGGACUGUUUGCCUGACCUAAGGAGCUCCGAGAAGGAUCUGAAGGGCUAUGACGAGGUCGCGGAGGACAUCUCGAAGAUCAAUGCUGCCGGUGAGAUAUCUGAGCUUGCAGUCGUCGCUGAGGGUGAAGAGCGAACAACAUGGUUCGUAUGGCUCCUCGUGUGCUGCACCAGUAUCUCGGGUCUGCUGUUCGGCUAUGACACCGGAGUGAUCUCUGGUGCUCUGGUCACCAUAGGAUCGGACCUGGGUCCAGCUUCGCUAUCGUCGGGACAGAAGGAACUCAUCACGUCUGCAACAACGCUCGGCGCACUCAUCGGCGGCCUCAUCGCGGGGAUGCUCUCGGACUACCUUGGACGCAGACCCGUACUCGCGAUGGCGGACGUCAUCUUCAUCGGCGGAGCGAUCGGCCAGGCCGUGUGUCACUCCGUCUGGGGUAUGAUUGGCGGUCGCUUCACAAUCGGCUUCGGGGUCGGUGUGGCGUCCUGCAUCGCGCCUCUGUACAUCCAGGAGCUCUCGCCAACACGCCUGCGCGGACGGAUGGUGGCUUUGAACGUUGCGCUGAUCACGCUGGGGCAAGUCAUCGCGUAUGGCAUUGACGCAGCGUUUGAAAACACACACGGAGGCUGGAGGUGGAUGGUGGGCUUGGGCGCCGUGCCUUCUGGUCUACAGUUCUUCUUCCUCUUCUACCUCCCAGAAUCGCCGCGCAUUCUUCUUCGUCGGGGACAAUACGAUGAGGCUCGCUCUGUUGUGUCGAAAAUCUACGCACAUGCUACUCCUGCGCAAGUGGAGCUAAAGGUUAAGGUGCUUAGCGCCGCCGUCAAGCAGAGCAUCGAGAUCACAAAUUCGACGACGCUGUGGCAACGCUGCCGGUCUAUCCUAGUAAAGCCGAUCAAUCGCAGAGCUCUGAUCAUCGGUUGUGGUCUGCAAGCCUUCCAACAACUGUGUGGAUUCAACACUCUAAUGUACUACAGCGCCACGCUCUUUAAGGAGAUCGGCUUCAACCAGCCCACCGCGGUCGGGCUCAUCAUUUCCGGCACCAACUUCCUCUUCACGCUAUUCGCGCUGAAGUACAUCGACAUCAUCGGCAGGCGCAGGAUCAUGGUCUGGUCAUCUCCAGGCAUGAUCGUUGGCCUCACUCUGGCGAGCAUUGCUUUCCACUAUAUGACUAUGAAGACGGGCGGCAACCUCGUCGACGGUGCGGACUACUCGCGGACAUGGUCUGCGAUCGUGUUGCUGGCAAUGAUCUUCUAUGUCGCGUCGUAUGCGACGGGUCUUGGCAACGUCCCGUGGCAGCAGGGUGAACUCUUCGGGUUAGAGGUGCGCGGCAUCGGGACGUCGCUUGCUACGAUGACGAACUGGGGCGCGAACCUGUUGAUCAACUCAACGUACCUGUCGCUGAUGAACAAGAUCACGCCCGCAGGUGCGUUCGGGUUUUACGCCGGGCUCUGCCUACUUGGUUGGCUGUUCUGCAUUUUCUGCUACCCUGAGACGGCGGGCCUCAGCCUGGAAGAGGUGCAGAUCAUCUUCCAGCACGGGUUCGGCGUUCGAGACAGCCAGCGCCUGCGGCACGAGAAGCGCGCAUUGAUCAAGGACAAGAUCCAAGACAAGGCAGAGAAGGCGUAGGAGCACGGGUUGUUGUCUCAUGAUGGUCUGCGCGGCCAUGCUCACGAUUUUCUCACGAAGGCACUGACUAAAUUAAGGCUGACGGGCUGUAUACUACUUGUAUUGAUACCUACUAAUGAUGUGAAACUUAGUAAUAUUCGAGUGCUACACAAAGUACUCACUAGCU